UUAGGGUUUUCCUCCUUCCUUAACAUCGAGCGGCUCUGCGCUCAGGUUUUGGGAGGGAAACUCUCAAACAUUUCAAGCGUAUUACGAGAAACCCUUCCUUUUCAGAAGGUCAAUUGAUCUCUCAGGGAUCAACACUAUAUUUUUGACUGAUUCAUUUUUAUUCUGUAAACACUUGAGAGAAUAUAAUGAGUACUACAGUACAAAGAACUCCAAAAUCCGGUAGGCAGUCCUUAUUUUUCCAAGACUUGGCUUCACCUGUUUCUACUCGGAGAGGAAAAUUUUCCAAUCCAGGUCAGGCAGCUGCGGUAUCUGCUCUACGGCGAGAGAACUUCGGUGGUUCAGACCUUCCGCCACCUCCUGUUUUCACCUUGGAAGACAGAUCAGACUUUUCUCCUGAAUCAGGCAUACUGGAUUAUCAGACAUCUCCAGAACCUAAGUCAGACCCUAGAACUCCCAUUCAUACUGCAAGUAGGGAAUUUUCUACUCCAGUGAAAAGCAAAUCAGAGGCCAGCACAUCUUAUGCUCUAAAAGGAUUGCAGCAAAACCAACAGGGAUCAACAAGUUUGAGUUGGUGGUCACCCACAUCCGCGAAGAGUGGGGGUGAACAAGAUGAAAAGGGAAAGAGUUCACCAGUGGAGGGUGUGGUUCAACCUGGUGCUUUGAUCACCCUUCCUCCACCAAGAGAAGUUGCAAGGCCAGAUAUUCAGAGAAAUUCCUUGCCUGCAGGAAAUCUCAAUGAGGAAGAAUGGGUAACUGUUUAUGGAUUUUCUCCAGGUGAUACCAACUUAGUCUUAAGGGAGUUUGAAAAAUGUGGUGUAAUUUUGAAACACAUUCCUGGUCCUAGUGAUGCUAACUGGAUGCACAUAUUAUAUCAGAAUCGGUCUGAUGCUCAUAAAGCUCUCAACAAGAAUGGAAUGCAACUUAAUGGUGUGCUAAUAGUGGGCGUGAAGCCUUUGGAUCCCAUACAACGUGAGGCCUUAAAUGAAAGGGUGAACAGGCAGGGAUUUAUGCCCAUACCCCCACCACCUGCAAGAACUUCAGAAGUGAGCACGUUGACAGCUCCUUCUCGACCCUAUUAUCUUCAGAAUGGCAGCUCAAGUACACGGCAGAGCGGAGGUGCAAUUGCUUCCCCAACAAAAUCAUUGGUGUCCAAAAUCAUGGAUUUGAUGUUUGGAGUCUAAAUUGCCUUUUCUUGGGAACCAUACUAAAUCAUAUGGAAAUUUUUGUGAGCUGUAUCUUUCGGCUAAUUUGCGCAUCAUCAAGAGCACAGGCAAGUCUUGUUACUCACAGUUGAGUUGAAGAUUUGGAAUUCACUGAGAGCUUUUAGAACUUAUAACUAAAGCAUUAUUUUCUCCUUUGAUUUAAAAGCCCAAGCAUUGAUUUUCCAUGCUUUUGUACUUGGAACAAAAAUAGAAGAUACAUUUUCACACAAAUGUUCAAAUGGAGAAUGUAUCUCUAUAAAUAUUUUGUAAUAAUACAGGGCAUAUGUUAAAUUUGCA